AUGAUGACCGAGCCUGAUUUGGAGGCAAGCAGUGGUGUUCCAUCAGGUCUUUCAUCAUCAAUCAAGACAUUGUUGGGUUCCCAGUUGACGAAUAAGCGACCAGUGCAACUCAUGAGCUUCGUUCUCUUUUCUUUCAUGGUCCUCCUUCUUAUAAAUCCAUCGUCUACAACGUCUGGCUAUGGGGUAGUACGAGCAAACGAAAAACGUGUUGAAACAUCAGUGACUCUGUCGUCGCCCAAAGCAGGUGUCGGGCCUUGUCCACCUCCUGAUCCUGCUGUUGAUCAACGUUAUAUUGGUUUCCCGCAAAACCUUACGUUUGGCAAGCAUGUUUCCGAAAAAGGGGAACCAUUCCUAACACAAGAUUUCUGGGCCGACAUUGUGGAUAACCGACGAACCUUUUUUCUUCGCUCCACCGAAGGGCACAAGCCUUCGGCAGAAAGACUUCGAGACUGGGUUAGAUCGAGACCGCAUCCAAUCACAUUGAUUAUUAACAACCAGGUAGAUAAAUCUUGGCCAGAGUACCUGCGGGGGAAAAAGAAGUUUGAAUAUUACUUGAACGAAACGAAUCUGCAUGCAGCGUAUGCCAUGAAUGCACGGCACUUGCCUCAGUAUCCAAAGUUGCAACCCAUCCCCAUUGGGUUGAAAUGGGCUUGGAGUAGCACUAAAUUGUUUGGAGAGGAGAAAAACAAGCGGGCCGACAAAUACAAGAGGUUUGGAGCGUCCAGCCCAGAGCAAUCCAAAGCAUUGUUCCAUCUAACUAACAGGACAUCCCUUGUGUUUUUGAGACCAAUGAACCAGGGAUCCAACCUUAGAACUAUUAACUACGUCAGGAACACACCCGCACUGACUGCCACCCGAGGUGAAAUUCCAUCCAUUGUAAAUGAAACUGCAAAGCAGUCCAUUGCUUUCACACCUAUGAAGAACAUGCCUCUAAAAUCCUUUUUCGAAGAAUUGAAGAAACACCGAUUUGUCAUUAGCCCUCCUGGUAACGGUCUGGAUACGCAUGCAACAUGGGAAGCACUUUUAUGUGGCUGUAUACCAAUUGUUCCGCAUUCUCCGCUGGACCCUGUGUUUGAACAUCUGCCAGUAUGGCUCGUCGACAGCUGGGAGGACGUCACGGAUGCAAGUGUGAAAGAGAAAGAAGAAUACUUCAAGAAGAAGGCCAACACAUACAAGUGGGAGAAGCUUUAUCGGUCGUACUGGGCAGAAAGGAUAUACGAUGGCCUGUGUACAGUCUAA